AUGCCGUCCCCGUUUGCAACAAUAUCAUCCAAUCUCGUUUUUAGUACCGUCCGUAUGCCUCCCGAGUCCAUGCCGAUAUGGACUUUGAACCAGCAGAUCCUCUGUUAUCAUCACACCUUCCAAUCGACGAUAGCAGUGAUAAAGCUUCGGAAUCGUCCGUCCAUUGCGAGCUUCAGCAGAAUAGCUUCGCGCAGAAUCGAAAAGUUUCAGUUUCAAUUUCGUGACGGCAUGUCACUUUCCCGGACAUUCGCGGAGCCGCACCAAGAUGGAAGGAUUCGAAAUCGCUCUGACACAAUCACUUUGCUUGGAACCGCCUACCAGGACCCUGUGAAAGACGUACCUUCUCCACCGCUGCCAGUUCAAGAUUACACGGUUGAAAAUCUCAAGGACAGGCUCAUAUAUGCAGAGCGUAUUCUGCGAAACAAGCAAAGGAAGCCAUCCCCAAUCGGAACCAGAGCCUUACAGAUAUACAAAGACGCCUGUGUACGACUUCUUGACCUUGAGCAAGAGGAAGGGGAUUUGAAAGCUGCUAAAGAUAUAUGGCGAACGACAUUAAAAACAUACGAUAAAUCGCUCUAUAGUGCUCCGUGUCUGCAAGUGGCUCGCUCAUCCGACGCUCAAACCCUACAAGAUAGGUUAAUCAGCCUUCAAAAAGAAUUAUUCUAUGCUAGAUAUGCAGAUAUCUUCGCAGAGCUUUGCAUACAACCGGAGCCAGGAUUUGGGGCAGCCGAAGAGUCAUACUGGAUCGAGGUCUACCGGAAACUUCAGGUAGAAGACACUCCCUCCUACCAACGUGUGUUCAGUGGCCUACAAGGCCACCACGCAAAUCCGACGCACCUAGCCAUCUAUCGAGCUUGGAACAGGAUCGGAUUCAGUCGCAACGAUGUGGUUCAAACUAUACACGGUUAUGUCACCAGAAAGGACGGAAAGCAUAUGAGAGUUUUCCCCCUGAUAAAAAGUGGAAAAUUCGAUGACCUUAAAAAACAGCUCUAUCAUGACUCGUCUAUCAUCCCUCUUCUCAUUCACGAGAGUGAUUGGAAACUGAUCAGGCUUCUCAGUCGGGUCAUACAGUCCCUAACGGAUCUCUGGUUCGACCGCGGCAAAAUUGAUCCCGAAAACUAUCAAUUGUGGAGAUAUACGAAAGCUCUUAGCACUUUGUAUAGGCAGCUCCGUGGAGAAGAUUGUUCUGUUCCACAAAAGCAGUUAGCUUGCGAUAUUGCGAAGAAGAUUCGAAAGCGAUUACGGGACCUAGAGGACGAAGAAAAAGCUAUAGAGGGUCUUUCCAUAACCAUCGGACCGUUGCGCCCAUCAGGGAAUAAAAGGGCCAAAGCAGCAAUGGCUUUCUCGGUAUCGCAACUCCACGCAGAACGGGGUCGUGCUAUGAAGAUGACGGCAGAUUGGAAUAAUAUCAUGAACCUUGUACAUGCCGCAGAAGAUACAUCGAACUCCACAUUUGGAAAGUAUUACGAACCCACUUCUUCUCUAGCGAUUAUACCAGAACUUGCUUCAGAAAGGUGA